UGUGACCUCGUGAUAUAAACAUUUGCGCACACAGCACAUCGCGGUUGUAUUUAGCGUUGUUUACUAAUGCGUAUUGAUUUAUUCUAGCCUUUGCGCACAAGGGUUUAGCUUAAGUAAUGUUUACUUGUGCAUUAACACACCGGUUAUGUCACGGUGUUUGGAUGGGGUCACUUCAAAGAUAUUCCAGACACCUCACCAGGGCUUCGAUCUGUCAGGCUUUCCGAGCAUUUUCAGAUGCUCCUCCUGCUACGAUGGACUUAAAUAAGCCUACAAAGCAAUGGGAUUUAUUAGUUAGUCCUUUCACCAAGGUCAGAUGUCAUUUAGGCUGUAAUAUAUCUAUAGAAUCACUGGAUCCGCAUGCCUUCCCUGAAGCGGAUCGGGCAUUUAUUACUUUACAAACGACAGAUACGAAUCAAGCUCUUAAUCUGGACAGAUUUCAUGUUCACUAUGAUGACCAAAGCAAUGAACUGAAGAUUUUGGCCGAUGAUAUUGAUAGCGAUGUAUCUGUUGAGCUGACAGCACCUAUUAAAUGUGAUCUCCACAUCAAGACUACAGACAAAGGCAGUGUGAAGAUCCAGAACUUGGAGAGUGACCUCUGCCACGUGCACACAGAGAAAGGACACUGUGUUCUGAAGUCUGUGAAGUGUCAUGAGGUUCAGGUUCAUUCCACUGGCGGAAAUGUUACAGGACUUCGGACUAUACAUGGGAAUGUAGAUAUCAGCACAUCUGCGGACAGUAAUGUCGACAUUAAGAAAAUUCAGGGAACCACCAUGAAUCUGUCCACAGAAUAUGGGCAUCUGAAAGUAAAGGCCAUUUAUGCUGAAUCCACCACUGUGUCCACUUCCUCUGGGAACAUCCAGAUUGGCCAUGUACAUGGGGAAGCCUUUGUACGGAGUGAAACAGGAAACAUUAUUAUUGACAGCUCAAGUGGAGCCCUGAAAGUUUUUACUGAAGCUGGAAAUAUUGAUGCCUAUGUAGGUCAAGAUGGGACAGCAGAACUUCAUACUCGACAAGGAACUGUAAAUGUGCGUGUGCCUUCCACUAUGAAAACGGCGGUGCAGUUGUGUGGAUCCUCUGUGAACAUUAGCUCAGAGAUUGCAUGUCAAGAGAAAGAACGUACUUCAUCUGACGGGAAGACAACAGUCACUGCUCAUUUGAAUGGUUGCACAUAUGAAGAACGGUGGAUCAAAGCCACUGCUGAAAAUGGUACGGUCAGUCUGAGAGCCCAGAGCUGGUUUGAGACCCUAAGACUUGGAGCAGAGAGCUAAUUCCAGCUAGAGAACUGAUAGCUCCUCACUGCCAACUAUUGCCCUCUAGUGGAGAUUCACUAUCAUACUGGAGAAGGAUAUAACUGAAGGUCGAGCUCCAAAAAAAGGGCUGGAGCUCCAAACUGCCAACAAAGAUAUACAGAGCCCAACCUAACCCUAACCAUGUGUGGAAGUGUCACCCCCUUCUGGAGUUACCCUGCCCUCUUUUGGAGAUUCUGCCCCUAUUUGGAGAUCUCCGGCCUACUUGGGAGAAUUACAUGACACUUCACACUUUACAAAAUUAAAGUUGGUGAAUGCAUCUUGUAUAAAAUCAGUUGGUUUAUCUGUGGUGGAAACAAAGAAUAAAACUUGAAAAUGACUUGGCAAAACAAGGGAGUUGAAUGGUUUAAUACACACCAGUUAUGUAUACCCAAGUAAUAACCACAUAAUAAAUACUAUUAAAGUUUCAGGCAAUGAGGCAUAAUAAAAUGUAUUUAAAAAGACA